AGAUUUAUGCUCAUUUUGGUUGCACGGUCCUAACCUCUUCACACAUCAUGGGGCCCUGGUACUUGUUAGCCCUGAUUCCGUGGGUUUCUGCUGACACAUUUAAAGUAAAGAUUGGUACAGACCAACAUGUAAACAGUGUGGACCCAAGGUUUCUGAGUUUCACGGUGGAUCCUAAGUACCUGUUCAGUAGCACGGAUAAAUUUAACAGUAACGAAUGCUUCUGCAUGGCGUCUUCCCUGACUCCAGCAUACCUACGCAUCGCCGGGCCGUCCACGUCUCGUCUGAUCUUCUUCAACAACAGCAUUUCUAUCGCAGAUAACGACAUCAAAACUGGCAAGAAGCGGCAUGUUAUUGAAAAACUGUCAGUCAGUCACAGCCAAUGGAAGCAGUUCGCCAAAUGGGCGAAGACAACGGGUUUCGACCUGGUCUUCGCACUGAACAACCGAGAGCAGACCAGAAACCACAUGUGGGACCCCAACGCGGCCCUGCGCUUGAUGACUCUGGCUGAGAAGGUCAAUAUUGGCAAGAUGUUCUGGCAACUAGGAUAUGAAUGCGCAGACCAGUCAAUAGAGGAAUAUCUCAAUGACCUGCAAACACUCCGGGUCAUCGUGGAGACCUUCGCUCCAGGGCAGACUCUGGACUGGAAGGUGGUCGGAGGUGACGUCACCAAUUGCCUGCAAGCAGAUUCCAAAAGCGACUUCAAAGAUUACGUCUCGCUGUCACUGGAGAUGAUGGAUGCGGUUCUAUUGAAUGGCAACUCGUCCUCGCGCCAACUCGAGCGCAUGUCUGAGCACGAUCGCCUGAAGUUGCUCAAGCUCCUCAGCGCCAGCGCCACCCCCCUCUGGAUUACGGAGCGGCCUCGCUCCGACUACAACGAGCUAGAGAGGGCCGCUGAUUGGAUGGCCAGCCUCGGUUAUUCCGCCAGGAAUGGCUUCGCCGUGCAUUAUACCGAGAUGAGAGAGAACGAACUCUCUGAACCUACCCUGAGUUUCUAUAUGGCACUGCUCUUCAAGAACCUGGUCGGCGAGCGAGUACUCAACGUCGACAUGGAAUCAGACAAGGCCGCUUUAUUCGCGCACUGUACAUCGCUGCGUCGCAAGGUUGUUCCUGGCGCCGUGACAUUGUACGGAGUGAACAUGGACGAUGAACCCGCGAGAUUCUCAGUGAAGCUGUCUAAAAGAGAGGAAGGCGGUGAUAUCAUGCAGUUUAUACUCGGCUAUGAUGAGAGCGGUGAAAUAAUCGUGAACGGACAUGUGAUGUCUCGCGAAGGAGAUAUCAAGCCAUCAAUUAAACGCGUGAGACCUUAUAAAACGCUGCUUAUCAACCUGCCUCCAAAAUCUUUUGGAUUCUGGGUACUCGCUAAUACAAAAGUUGAUGCCUGUUACGAUUAUAAAGAAAACAGUAACGAAACGAACCUGGUUGAAGCCGUAGAAGUCACAUACGAUGAAGGAAAGAGGAUUUCAAAGAGAUCUAUUAUAGAAGAUUUUGAUUAUGCAAAUAUUGCAGAUCAAUCAGAUGAUUUUUCCGAUUUGGACGGCCACGAGAAUUGUGACGAAGUAAAAAAUCCAGCAUUGAAAAAAACUAUAGAUAAUUUGAACGAGAAUUUGAAAAAGAUAUUCAAUAUUUUUGGAAACAAAGCCAAUUUUCAUGAUGAUAUUCAAGAGUUGCCGUCACAUCCGCGAAAUUUGAGGAAGAAACGCCAUAUUGACGAAUCAAGUCUUGCAAGAAUUAAAAAGCAUUUAUUCAAACCUAGACAAGAAAGAAAAAGAAUACUCGAUUUAGAUUUAAGUAAAAAUGGACUACUUGGAAACCUUUUACAACUAAAAGGCAAACGUAGUAAUAUAAAAAAUGUAAAAAACGAAAAGAUUAAGUUCAAAACUUCUAAAAACAAAGUUAAUACAAAUAAUUUCGAGUGUCCCGCUGAGAAAAGGACCGACAAUUUGGAUAAUAUAAAAGUUAACGAGGAGAAAGUUUCGAGAAAGCGUCGAGGUGUCGUAUUUACUGAAAAACAAAACUUACUAAAGAAACAAAUGAAAGAUUCUGAGAACGAAAUCGAAGAAGAGACAAUAGACAGUCCGAAGAUUUGGAAGAUGUUGAAUAAAAUUCAGAAACAAUUGGAUAAAAUGGAGAUGGAUGUGGAAGAUAAAAAUGACAUUGAAUAUUUAGAUGACAAAUCUAAAGACGGGCAGAUACUGGUCAAAACUAAGUUAUUGAACGAUGGAGCGAUGAUCAACCUCAGUGAACAUCCUGAUCAUGGACUCAUCAAGUCAACAUUCCAAAAUGUAUUCUCUGUUUUAGGAGAACUGAAUACAAACUUAAAUAGAGUUUGGAACGCCCUUACUCUUUUAGAAUAACUAAGAUUUUAUAGAAAAUUUAAUUAAGUUAUUAUGUAAAUAUGAUUGUAUUAUAUUUUAUACUUUUUGUAGUCUGAAUUAAAAAGUUUAACUGA